UUUCGGCUUUCCUGCAUCUGCUGUGUUGGGGCCUGGGGGCCGAGAUGGCGGACACGAACGGAGCCCCUUUGCCGCCGGAGGAGGAGGCGAUGGUCGAUUCCGACGAGCACAUCCCAUUCUCCGGCAAUCGCACAGACGAAGGUGCGAAAAGCAAGAACAAGGUGGUGGUUGUGAUGGGAGCGACUGGGGCAGGGAAGUCGCGCCUGGCCAUCGAUCUCGCCUCACACUUAUCCGGCGUGGAGAUCGUCAACGCCGACUCUAUGCAAGUCUACCGAGGCCUCGACGUCCUCACUAACAAAGUUCCCGUCCCUGAACGCAAUGGAGUUCCGCAUCAUCUGCUAGGUUGUAUUGAUCCGUCUGUUGGAUUCACUUCCAGAGAUUUCCGUGAUCUGGCGAUUCCAAUUAUAGAUGACGUUCUGUUACGUGAGGGCCUCCCGGUUGUCGUUGGGGGUACGAAUUACUACAUUCAGGCUCUUGUGAGCCCAUUCCUUGCGGAUGAUCUAGUGGAAGAUGUGGCAGCAUGCUCACGGGAUGAACCUCGAGAAAACUGUGGAAUUGAUAAAAUUGCUAGCUUUGAGCGGCUGAAGGAGGUUGAUCCAGUUGCUGCGAACAGAAUCCAUCCAAAUGACCACAGAAAAAUAAAACGUUAUUUGGACUUGUAUGAAAGCUCUGGUGUCCGGCCUAGUAAUCUUUUUCAGGGAAAGAAUGCUGAGAAGAGGGGACGUGCUGAUACUUCUAGAUAUAAUUGUUGUUUUAUAUGGGUGGAUGUUUCUCUACCUAUACUGGAUAGAUAUGUGGAACAAAGAGUUGACUCCAUGCUUGAUUCUGGACUGCUGAAUGAAGUCUGUGGUAUCUACAAUCAAAACACAGAUUAUACCCAAGGCUUAUAUCAGGCUAUUGGUGUCCAUGAAUUUGGGAUGUUUUUUAAAAGCUACUUCUCCAUUAAAGAGUCAACUGAGGUCCCAUGGCCAUACUUCUCAGAGAUUGGCGAUAUGAAUGGUGACGUGCUGAAAAAGUUGUUAGCUGAAGCCAUAGAGAAGUUAAAAUCCAACACAUGCAAACUUGUUCGCCGCCAAAAACGACGGCUUAAUCAAUUGAAGUCAGUUUUUGGAUGGAACUUUCACCAUGUUGAUGCAACAGAAGCUUUUACCUCCAACUCGGGUGAUCUAUGGCAGACGACAGUAGUUGAACCUUGUGCAAAAAUUGUGAGAAAUUUUUUGGAGGAACCGGGUUCUUUGACCAACAAUAAAAAGCUGGGUCAUUUCGAGCAAAAGGGUCCAGUUUUAAGGGACUUGUGGACCCAAUAUAUAUGUGAGGAUCAUUAAAGAGCCACAAUCCUGGAAUUGCUGUUCAUUUUGCAAGAAAAUGUUGCAAAAUCUAUCAAGAAUGGAACAAAUAUUUCAACCAACCAAAUUACACAGUAAGUGUUAUUAUUUCUUUGGCGAACAAUGUAUACCAUUUCAGAGAAUGAUACUUUUAACUAUAUAGUGUUCCCAUCUUCCACAACAUGUUUUUAACUAUUUUGUCUUAUUUCUGCAUUCUUUUUCCAAGAAUGCUAAUUCAAGUUCAAGGAUGCGCCGAGUUAGAAUCUUCUUUUAAUUCAACUCAGUUUAGUCUCGAAAUAACCUCUUGUAAAGUAGGAUAUGGCUGCAUAUAAUACCAUUCCUCGGAAUUCUACAUUGAAGGGGUUUCGUGCAACGAACUGUCCCCUUAUACAG